UAUCUCAUAAACAGGGAUUCAAUCCUUUCUCUCUAUCGAACUGCAAAAUCAAUGGCCAACAUUACUCAUUUUCUUCAAGAUUUCCAAGCAACGCCCUUUGCAACCUCUUUUGCUGUUGGUGGUCUCUCUUUGCUUAUUUCCUUCUUCUUCAUACGAGGAUUUCGUUCAACCAAGAAGAAUGAAUAUUCCAAACUCCCUCCUGUUCCAGUGGUUCCAGGGCUGCCAGUGGUAGGAAAUUUGCUGCAACUGAAGGAGAAGAAACCUUACAAGACGUUCUUAAGGUGGGCUGAGAUACAUGGACCAAUCUAUUCCAUCAGAACUGGUGCUUCCACUAUGGUUGUCCUCAAUUCCACCCAUGUUGCCAAAGAGGCUAUGGUGACCAGAUUUUCAUCCAUCUCAACAAGAAAGUUAUCAAAGGCCCUAGAGCUUCUCACCAGUAAUAAAUCUAUGGUUGCAACAAGUGACUACAAUGAGUUUCACAAAAUGGUAAAGAAAUAUAUAAUCGCAGAGCUUCUGGGAGCUAAUGCACAGAAGCGACAUCGAAUCCACAGAGACACUCUGAUUGAAAAUGUUUCAAACAAAUUACAUGCUCAUAUAAAGAACUCUCCUCUUCAAGCUGUGAAUUUCAGGAAAAUAUUUGAGUCUGAACUUUUUGGACUGGCAAUGAAACAAGCUUUGGGAUAUGAUGUGGAAUCACUUUUUGUGGAAGAGCUUGAAAUCACUUUGUCAAGAGAAGAGAUAUUUAACGUUCUAGUGUCUGACAUGUUAAAGGGUGCGAUUGAGAUUGAUUGGAGAGAUUUCUUCCCAUAUCUAAAAUGGAUUCCAAAUAAGAGCUUUGAAAUGAAAAUUCAGAGAUUGGCUUCCCGCAGACAAGCAGUGAUGAAUUCCAUUGUCAAGGAGCAGAAGAAGCGCAUUGCUUCAGGAAAGGGAGAAAAUUGUUAUCUCAAUUACUUGUUAUCUGAAGUAAAAACACUUACGGAAAAGCAAAUUAGCAUUUUGGCAUGGGAAACUAUCAUCGAGACAGCAGAUACUACUGUCGUUACAACAGAAUGGGCCAUGUAUGAACUUGCUAAAAGUCCAAACCAGCAGGAUCGUCUUUAUCAGGAAAUCCAAAAUGUUUGUGGGACUGACAAGAUUACUGAGGAACACUUGUCUAAGCUUGCAUACUUGAGUGCUGUUUUCCAUGAAACUCUGAGGAAGCACAGUCCAAGUCCAUUAGUACCUUUGCGAUACGCACAUGAAGACACCCAAAUAGGAGGGUACUAUGUUCCUGCAGGGACUGAGAUUGCUGUAAACAUAUACGGGUGUAACAUGGACAAGAAUCAAUGGGAAACCCCUGAAGAGUGGAAGCCAGAGAGGUUUCUUGAUAAGAAAUACGAUCCAAUGGAUAUGUACAAGACGAUGUCAUUUGGAAGUGGAAAGAGAGUAUGUGCAGGUUCACUUCAGGCAUCGUUAAUAGCAUGCACAUCAAUAGGUAGGUUAGUACAGGAAUUUGAGUGGAGGCUGAAAGAUGGAGAGGUGGAAAACGUGGAUACUCUUGGACUCACUACUCACAAACUCUAUCCCAUGCAAGCAAUUCUAAAGCCUAGGAAUUAAUACUACUGUUUAGUUUCAUUACAAUAAACUGUAUUAGUGACUAGUGAUCAAAGCCCAGUGCCUCUUUAUUUAUGCUUUGUAGUUAAGAAGUACUAAUACUUCAUUUAAGAUGCUGUAUUCGUAUCAUAUCUAUGCUGUAUCCAUAUUAUAUCAGUGUCGUACUGGCCGUUUUAUGUUAUAAUUUUCAGAAAUUUCU